GGGUGGUUCCUGAUACCGAGACACGGAAAAGCAGGGGAGGGAGAAUCACAGAAAAAGACGAGCGUGGAGAGAGGGAGAGAGGGAGACAGCGAGCAGGGGAAUUACACUGACCGACACACACGCGUCUCCCCGCUGACUGCUGACAUUGUUGACGUGCUCACUCUCUCAAACCUGUCACGAGCGAAAUACUGGAGCUCCAAAGCAUCGACAUCGCGCUCCCCCCAGAACUCAUGGGUUAACAGACUCUGUUUAGGAGAAGCAGCCACCCGUUAGUCCAAUGAAUAACCGGAAGGAAGACAUGGAGAUCACGUCGCACUACCGGCAGCUCCUGCGGGAGCUGAACGAGCAGCGGCAGCAUGGCAUCCUGUGCGACGUGUGUUUGAUCGUGGAGGGCAAGAUCUUCAAGGCGCACAAGAACGUGUUGCUGGGCAGCAGCCGCUACUUCAAGACACUUUACUGCCAGGUAAAGAAGAGCUCAGAGCAGCAGGCCACCAUCACGCACCUGGACAUCGUCACAGCCCAAGGCUUCAAAACCAUCCUUGACUUCAUGUACUCCGCCCACUUGGCACUCACUAGCAAGAAUGUGAUUGAAGUGAUGUCGGCUGCCAGCUAUCUGCAGAUGACCGACAUAGUGCAGGCGUGUCACGGCUUCAUCAAGGCAGCGUUAGACAUCAGCAUUCGCUCCGAGCUUGCAGACGAACUUGCGGAUAUUGAGAUGGGCAAUGUGGUGAGCUCUAUGGGAGGCGGGGCUGGGCCUGGUGUGGGUGGAGCUUCGGAGGCACUGGCGUCCAUGAUCUCGGCCCGCAGUUCCUCGCCGUGGUUGGCCAGACGCACCAGCCCGGCAAAUUCAUCUGGAGACUCAGCCAUCGCUAGCUGCCACGAAGGCAGUAGCAACUAUGGAAAAGAGGACCAGGAACCCAAAAGCCAUGAGAGCCAGGAGGAUGCUUGUUUGCAGCCUUUGUGGCCUGCUGAUUACCGUUCUGUCCAGGUCAAAGAGGAGCAGGUCUCCCCCUCCAAUCUGCAAGAUGGGGCUGGCCGAGGGGCACAAGGUAUGCCUGGAGAGCAAGGUGGAAGAGGAGAGGGGGGCUGGCAACCCCCAGGCUCGGGCCGCAGGAAAAACCGCAAGAACAAGGACACAGUCAGGCACAUAACCCAACAGAAUGAAGGGGACAGUCGGACGGCAUCGCCGCUACCAUCCAUGGUCUCCAAUCCUGGCUGGAGCUACAGCAACCAGGACAUUCCAGGUGAAGAAGUGACAGAACCCAACAUUUCCGACAGCCGCGGCGAGCGCAUGGACCUCCUUGUAAAGCAGGAGGAGGCUGCGGCGGGGGACGGUGGGUUUCUGGACCGGGAUGAGGCCGUGGCCCAGGAGAGAGCGGGUUCGGUGGCUAACCUGCGAGCCGCCCUCAUGAGCAAGAACAGCUUGUUGUCUCUGGGGGCAGAGAUGCUCGGAGAGGAGCACCCACUUCUGUUCGACUACCUGCCCAAGGGAGGACACUCUCUCUCCCGGCCUCGUUGCUCCAAUGGCAUCAGCUGCUCCCACCAUCCAGGGGCCCUGUUUGGUAGCAAACAUGGGGUGUCUUCAUCUUCUCCUCCGUCUACUCUUCCUCCUCUUCCUCUUCUACUGCCGCCUCCACCAUCCGUGCCACGGCCCCCAGGGGCCCUCGGUAUGCCACAGUCUGGGGGCCCCCCAGACAAGCUCUAUGCGGAAGGGGCCCUGAAGGCCUCACCCACUGAGGAGGAAAUGCAAGAAGAUGACAAUAGUCCAAAUAACAAUGCAGGGCUGGAGCGUGUCCAGGUUCCUGUAGAGGAAGAUCAGAUGGUGGAGGAGAAGCAUGGAGUGUGUGUGGCGGAGGUGCAGGGCAGAGGGCCGGGCUGGCGGCAGGAGCUUGCCUGCUCUCUGUGUAAGCAACUGUUUAGCAGCCUGCUUCAACUGAGACAGCACGAAUACAGCCACACGCUCUCGCUCAUGGCCCUCUCGCUGGACUGCCUCGACCACCAUCGCCCCUUAGUGGCCCCAUCUCUGCUCAACCCUCCGUCAGCGCGCUAUCAUUGCUCGCAGUGUCCCGCCAGCUUCACCCUCAAGUCCAACGCUGACCGCCAUGAGAAGACCAUACACCUUAAACGGAAGCUGAUGCAGUGCAUGUACUGCCUCAAGCAUUUCCGCGACCGCACGGACCUGAACCGCCACCUGUCUUCCGUGCAUUCCAGUGAGCGCGUGUACACGUGUCCCGCUUGCUCCCGAACCUUCAGUACACAGAAAAACCUGGCUACCCAUGGCAAGGUCUGCUGUCAAUCGGGAAUUUCGCCCACCGAGCAGCUGUGGAACCUACACAGCUUAAACAAAGAUGACCACGGCCACAUCCGUAUAGAUGACUGAUUCUCCAAACCAGCAACAUUCAUCAUUUCAUUAUUAAGGGAAUGUGAUACAAACUUCAGGUCAUCCCAGGCCUUCUCCAACUUUUGGCCACAGCACUGUUGACAUAUCUACAUUUCUGUUUACUGUACAUCAGAUUUGUAUGUUCUUCAAAUAUCUAAAUCGUCAGGUUUUUAUGACUACUGCAUAUGGCUGCUGAGGCACAAAUGCUAUGCAAAAUAAAGACAUUUUAUGUCAUUUCUCUUGUCGCAUAUAGAGCUGUCUGCUUUUUGUACCACGCAGGAUUAUUCAAGGUCUUACUGAAGACUGGAAAACAGAGAUCUCGGUGCAUUGGAUGCCAAUGCUUUUUCAUUUUGGGUGGCUUCACACCCCUCUCUUUACCAGCUAACUAAUCUUAUGCUUAGUCUGCGAUAUGGACUCAGGCACAGGGGUCUCUGUAACUUAUCGAGAUGUUAAGUAGUUAAUUCAGCAGUUAAACUUAUGCACAAUG